AUGAAGCAAUCUUACGCACGUAAUCUUAUUCUAUUAUCUCUUAUUCUUAGUUUGAUUUCAUUUAUACUAAGUUUAAUUGCAUAUUAUUUACCAAGUUGGAAACAUGUACAACUUCAUUCAAUAUCUAUACCUAGAAUUAUUUCAGAAAAUCAUCAAAUAGAUCCAUUAAUUCGUAGUGAAGUUGAUAAAUAUUAUGAUAUACUCUAUCGUCAAGAUCAAAUACAUUCAUAUGGUUUAUUAUCUCAUUGUAUAGCUGGAGAUGAAUGUGGUCGAAAUCUUUUACCAGCAUAUCAUGAAACUAAUUAUGCACUUUGUCAUAAUAUAAAAUAUCAUCAUCAAUGUAUAUUUUCAAAUUCAUUAACAUCAUUAACAAAAUGUAGUUGUCAAAAACCGUCCUAUAUAAGUAUUAUUCAUACUUUACUUAUAUUGAUUCUAAUUCUUCAAAUUUUAUUUAUUUUUAUUAAUCUUCUUCGAUUAUAUUAUCAUUAUUGUCAGAUUUCUUUUUUAAAUGAUAUUAAAUUUCGUCUUAUUUCAAUGAUAUCAACUUUAAUUUCUUUAUUAUUUCUUAUUACUAUUAUAAUACAACAUAAUACAAAUCGUUUUAAUGAACCAUUAGAAUUUUUUCAAUCUAUGUAUCAUCAUUAUUUACGUAUACAAAUUUAUAAAUUUUCAAAUGAUUUAGAUUUAAUUAUUAAACAACUUGAACAUGAUUUAGAUAUAAGUUUAGGUGCAUCAUAUAUAUGUAUUAUAUUUAUAUUAAUAUUAACAUUUAUUUGUUUUCUUAUAUCAUCAAUAAUUGAAAUAAAAAUUUUAUCAAAAUUUGAUGAAGAUGAAAAUAUAAAUGAACAAAAUCCUAUAUUAAUACAAGCUCCUCCAAUCGAACGUUUUAUACCAUCGGAACAAAUUCGUUUUACACGUCAAACUAAAGUUUAG